AUGGGAGGCAGCAUAGGCGUGAGCAGAGCCAGGAGGGUGCGAAGAAGGGGCUUCAUCGGACCGAAAGCGGUAGAGCGAGGUGAUACUCGCCCCAGCGGCGGCUCCAGGAGCGGCACUGGCAGCGUGAUGGCAGCGAAGAAGAUCAGAGGAGGAGGAGGAGAAGGAGGAGGAGGAGCUGGGGUAAGACGGUGGUUCGGGGGGCGCGGCAGCGACGACAACCGGUAUGACGAGUUCCCCGACGACUUCGACUACGGCUCGGCAGCCGACGACGAUGAGGACGAGAACAACAGCAGCAACGCGGGGGACGGCAGCAGCGCCUUGUUCUGCUGGCCUGAGGACGAGGAAGGAGCCGCAGCGCUUCUGCCACAGGAAGGGGAGGACUCGAUAUCGGAGCUGGAUUUGAAAGACGGUAUCUCGUUGGCAGCGGAGAGUUCGCCCUUCCAACAGCAGCAGGAGCAAGGCACCGGCAGCGGCAGCACUAGCAGCAGUAGCAGACCGGAUCGAACGCGCGUGUCGGGGGUUGGGUUCCGAAAGAGCCGGGCGGGGGGAGAGGAGAGGCGUGCUGCUACAGCGUCGGGGCCGUCUCUAGGGGGUAGGACUGCUGCUGCUGCUGCUGGUGGUUCACCAGCGCUGGAGAGCAGUGCCGCCGGCAGCGCUCCGCUCCGGUUAUUGACAAACCCCGCCGAAGACGAAUUCAUGCCUCCCUCUGCGGAAACUCCCGCCGCGAGAGGCGAGCUAGAGGCCGUGGCCCCCGACGACGGAGAUGAGCCACGUCCAGGCGAGCGUCGGCAGCACCACCGCUCCGUGCUUGGCGCUGUAGUCAGCGCGUUGGCGGGUGCCCUGGGGUUGAAGCUUUGGGAAGGGUUGGCGCGAGGCGACGCUAGCGCGGCGGCGGCGGCGGCCGCCGCCGCCGAGGUUGAAGGAGGGGUGAGCAGGGGCGGGGUAGAGGAGGAGGAGGAGGAGGCGGUGGCGGCGGCGGUGAUGGAGGAAGAAGCUGCGUUGCAGCAGGAGAAGAUCCUGGCGCUAGAGAACCAGUUGGCGUACCUGGAAGAAGACCGGCGGAGGGCGGCGUUGUCGGCGAAGGAGGCGAGGUCGAACAGGCGGAAGGACGAUCGACAACUCAAGGAGUACGUCCAUACGCUAGAGGUUCACCUCGAUCAGCUUUCCAAGGAGAAGCAGGAGUCCGAGACGGCGAUGCUAGAGGCCGUAAGGGCCGAAACUACGAAGGCUCUGAAGCAGGGGAGCCACGCCACGGCGGCUGCCGCGGCGGCAGCGGAUGAGGAGGUGCGGCAGGCGAGGGCGGAGCUCGAGGCUGCGCAGGCGUUGCUAGAAGAGGCCCUGAAGGAGAAGGCGGUGGCGGUACAGGAGAAGGCCGCCGGAGACGCGCUCUUGAGGACCGAGCAGGGGAAAAGAGCCGCGUUGGAGAAGGAGGUAGAGAGGCUGAAGGAGUCUACGGCCACGCUCACGCAGCGUCUGCUGGACGCGGUGGCUAAGGCCGAGCGUGCGGACGAGGAAGAGAGAGACGCGGCCACGGCGAAGGCUGUGGCGGAGCGGGAGGAGAUCGAGGCGGCGAUGGCGGCGGCGAGAGAGGAGGAGACGGCGCGGUGUCGAGAAGAGUUCUAUUCUGCUCUCGCAGAGGAAAAGGAGAAGCUCCGCAAGCAGAUGGAGGUUCGCCUUGCGACCAUGCGAGCGGGGCUGAAGCGUCGCCUUCAGGAGGCGCGGUCAGAGCGCCGCGGGACUACCGGUUCCGUUUCGGGAAGGCCAAUGAGCGGCGGAAUAACCGCUGGUGGCACCGCAUCGGAACGACCAACAAGCGGCCGCACCACCGGCAGUGGCAACGGCAGCGGCAGCAGCCCGCCGGAAUAAUCCCGGCAUGCUGUAAAUAUUUGUGGCGUUCUCUUGCUGCGGUUUUCUGUGACCGUUACACCCGGCCCCUUUCCGGAGGGUUUGCUCCGGGGCUACAGUGUCGGCGGGUGGAGGCGACCGUGCUUUGUUGAGGCUGCCCACCGCAGUUAAUACCCUUGUGCGAGUUCCGUUGGCCCUGAGGGUCGGGAGCUGCCGUGGCGCGUUUUACGAAGAAGGUGGACGGGAAAGGGCGAGGCAGGGAGGGAGAAGGAGGCAAGACCGUCAGCGGUACAAUCGUUGUCGUGCACGUACAUGCGGCGCAGCGAACCGGUUUUUUGUGUGGCGAAGCUUGCCUUUGGUGUUCUAUU